UUGAAAUCUAACAGAAAUUAGGUUGAAUCUGCCCUGCGAAUUUUCAGAAAUAACCUAUUUGUCAAUCGUAAAGACUGAAAUAGCCUCUAGAGAGACGCAAGAUUUCCGUAGGCAAUUUAGUCUUUUACUCAAGAAUAAUCCCAAAUGUCAAGAUUUUGGGAAAUUUUUCAUUGGGCCCUUUGUUUGGGAUGACCGAUAGGCCAACAAUCAGCUUUUCACGUCAAUUGGUCCUUGGCAAGUAAAACCCUAGAGGGAUUCAAAUAAUUAAAUAAAUUAAAGGAGAAACGCAGAAACAUCUUCCCAUCCCAUCGAUUAACGAUCACUUGAUCCUGUAACUCCAAUCGCAGAUAGAUAGGUUUAGCUCUUAGAGGAAAAUGAGCAUGUUUAAUGUUGCAUCAACAUUCUGCAAGCGAUUGAAUGUGAAAGAGUUGAUUACCAGUGCGCCGUUGUAUGGCAAUCUUGCUGAUGGUUCCGCUGGUGGAUUAAGUUUGAUGUUUAGGCGUUGGGCUACAAAAAAGACGGCUGGAUCCACCAAGAAUGGACGAGACUCAAAACCCAAGAAUCUUGGUGUGAAGAAAUUUGGUGGUGAGAGAGUGAUACCUGGAAACAUUAUAGUUCGGCAACGAGGAACUCGAUUUCAUCCAGGAGACUAUGUUGGAAUGGGAAAGGAUCACACCCUCUAUGCCCUCAAGGAAGGACGUGUGAAAUUUGAGACACACAAGCUGAGUGGCCGCAAGUGGGUGCAUGUUGAACCCAAGGAAGGGCAUGUCCUUCACCCAGUAUAUGCAAACUCCUCCAUACCACAGCUGGAGACUGCCACAUAAAGCCCCCAUCUUCUGCUGAUUCAAUCAAGUUAAGUCUUUAUCAUUCAGUUUUUGGAGUCAGAUUUAGGAAUUGAGGACAAAAUUGAAUUAACCAUGGGUCUAUUGACAAUAUAUACUGUUUCUCUUUACAAGAUUUGCAUGCUGUUUCAGUUGGUAAUUUGAGGUUUCUGUAUUUACAGCAUGUGUUAAUUCAGAAAGUAUCCAUGUUUGGACUCAGUAUAAAAUUUACAAUAAAAUUAUGUGCAUUCAAUUUAGAGUA